UUUUGCUUCAAGCUCUGAAAAAAGGAGCACACAGGGGAAGCUUAGUCUUACUUGUGGAUCGAAGCAAAUACUAUCGGAGCGAUGAACUGGGACUUUGUGUGCGGACUCCUGGCUUGAUCUUUAUAGGAUUGGGUGUAUGUUGUUGGAACUGGCAGGCCAAGAGGCCCUGAAACCAGCAGGUGCCAUCUGUAUGGAGAAAAGCGGCUGUAGUCCAUUUCCAAUGUGUUGGGCUAAAGAAUAUGACAGAUACCUAGCAUCUAGCAAAAUAAUGGCAGCUGCUUAUCUUGACCCAAACUUGAAUCACACACCAAAUUCAAGUACUAAGACUCACCUGGGUACUGGCAUGGAACGUUCCCCUGGUGCGAUGGAGAGAGUAUUAAAGGUCUUUCAUUAUUUUGAAAGCAAUAGUGAGCCAACCACGUGGGCCAGUAUUAUCAGGCAUGGAGAUGCUACUGAUGUCAGGGGCAUCAUUCAGAAGAUAGUGGACAGUCACAAAGUGAAGCACGUGGCCUGCUACGGAUUCCGCCUCAGUCAUCUGCGGUCAGAGGAGGUUCACUGGCUUCACGUGGAUAUGGGCGUCUCCAGUGUGAGGGAGAAGUAUGAGCUUGCCCACCCACCAGAAGAGUGGAAAUAUGAAUUGAGGAUUCGUUAUUUGCCAAAAGGAUUUCUAAACCAGUUUACGGAGGACAAGCCAACUUUGAAUUUCUUCUAUCAACAGGUGAAGAGCGAUUAUAUGUUAGAGAUAGCUGAUCAAGUGGACCAGGAAAUUGCUUUGAAGUUGGGAUGUCUAGAAAUUCGGCGAUCAUACUGGGAGAUGCGGGACAAUGCGCUAGAAAAGAAGUCUAACUAUGAAGUAUUAGAAAAAGAUGUUGGUUUAAAGCGAUUUUUUCCUAAGAGUUUACUGGAUUCUGUCAAGGCCAAAACACUAAGAAAACUGAUCCAACAAACAUUUAGACAGUUUGCCAAUCUUAAUAGAGAAGAAAGUAUUCUGAAAUUCUUUGAGAUCCUCUCUCCAGUGUACAGAUUUGAUAAAGAAUGUUUCAAGUGUGCUCUUGGUUCAAGCUGGAUUAUUUCAGUGGAGCUGGCAAUCGGCCCAGAAGAAGGAAUCAGUUACUUAACAGACAAGGGCUGCAAUCCCACACAUCUAGCUGACUUCAAUCAAGUGCAGACCAUUCAGUAUUCCAACAGUGAAGACAAGGACAGAAAAGGAAUGCUGCAACUGAAAAUAGCAGGUGCACCUGAGCCUCUGACAGUGACGGCACCAUCCCUGACCAUUGCGGAGAAUAUGGCUGACCUGAUAGAUGGGUACUGCCGCCUGGUGAACGGAGCCUCACAGUCUUUUAUCAUCAGACCCCAGAAAGAAGGUGAACGGGCUCUACCAUCAAUACCAAAAUUGGCCAACAGUGAAAAGCAAGGUGUGCGGACACACGCAGUCUCUGUGUCAGAAACAGACGAUUAUGCUGAGAUUAUAGAUGAAGAAGAUACUUACACCAUGCCCUCAACCAGGGAUUAUGAGAUUCAAAGAGAAAGAAUAGAACUUGGACGAUGUAUUGGAGAAGGCCAGUUUGGAGAUGUACAUCAAGGCAUUUAUAUGAGUCCGGUAAGUCCUUUAAGACUACCAAAAAUCUGGAGUAAUUUUGACUGUUUAAAUUUAAAUUGCCUCUUGUUUCUUACUUCCCUAGUAACAAUGCGUCAGUUUGACCACCCUCAUAUUGUGAAGCUGAUUGGAGUCAUCACAGAGAACCCCGUCUGGAUAAUCAUGGAGCUGUGCACACUCGGAGAGCUGAGGUCAUUUUUGCAAGUAAGGAAAUACAGUUUGGAUCUAGCAUCUUUGAUCCUGUAUGCCUAUCAGCUUAGUACGGCUCUUGCGUAUCUAGAGAGCAAAAGAUUUGUACACAGGGACAUUGCUGCUCGGAAUGUUCUGGUGUCCUCAAAUGAUUGUGUAAAAUUAGGAGACUUUGGAUUAUCCCGAUAUAUGGAAGAUAGUACUUAUUACAAAGCUUCCAAAGGAAAAUUGCCUAUUAAAUGGAUGGCUCCAGAGUCAAUCAAUUUUCGACGUUUUACCUCAGCUAGUGACGUGUGGAUGUUUGGUGUAUGUAUGUGGGAAAUACUGAUGCAUGGUGUGAAGCCUUUUCAAGGAGUGAAGAACAAUGAUGUGAUUGGUCGAAUUGAAAAUGGGGAAAGAUUACCGAUGCCUCCAAAUUGUCCUCCUACCCUCUACAGCCUUAUGACCAAAUGCUGGGCUUAUGACCCCAGCAGGCGGCCCAGGUUUACUGAACUUAAAGCUCAGCUCAGCACGAUCCUGGAGGAAGAGAAGGCUCAGCAAGAAGAGCGGAUGAGGAUGGAGUCCCGAAGACAGGCCACAGUGUCCUGGGACUCCGGAGGGUCUGAUGAAGCACCACCUAAGCCCAGCAGACCUGGUUAUCCUAGCCCAAGGUCCAGCGAAGGAUUUUAUCCCAGCCCACAGCACAUGGUACAGACCAAUCAUUACCAGGUCUCUGGCUACCCUGGUUCACAUGGAAUCACAGCCAUGGCUGGCAGCAUCUACCCAGGUCAGGCAUCUCUUUUGGACCAAACAGAGUCAUGGAAUCAUAGACCUCAGGAGAUAUCAAUGUGGCAACCCAACAUGGAGGACUCUGCAGCAUUGGACCUGCGAGGGAUCGGGCAGGUGUUGCCGACCCACCUGAUGGAAGAGCGGCUGAUCCGACAACAACAGGAAAUGGAAGAAGAUCAGCGCUGGCUGGAAAAAGAAGAGAGAUUUUUGAAACCUGACGUGCGGCUCUCUCGAGGCAGCAUCGACAGGGAGGAUGGAAGUCUUCAGGGUCCGACUGGAAACCAACACAUAUAUCAGCCUGUGGGUAAACCAGAUCCUGUAGCUCCACCAAAGAAACCGCCUCGCCCUGGAGCCCCCGGUCACCUGGGCAGCCUUGCCAGCCUCAGCAGCCCUGGGGACAGUUACAACGAGGGCGUCAAGCCGUGGAGGCUGCAGCCCCAGGAAAUCAGCCCCCCUCCUACUGCCAACCUGGACAGGUCCAAUGACAAGGUGUAUGAGAAUGUGACGGGCCUGGUGAAAGCUGUCAUCGAGAUGUCCAGUAAAAUCCAGCCGGCACCGCCAGAGGAAUAUGUUCCUAUGGUGAAGGAAGUCGGCUUGGCCUUGAGGACUUUAUUGGCCACUGUGGAUGAGACCAUUCCCACCCUACCAGCCAGCACCCACCGAGAGAUUGAGAUGGCACAAAAACUAUUGAACUCUGACCUGGGCGAGCUCAUUAACAAGAUGAAGCUGGCCCAGCAGUAUGUCAUGACCAGCCUGCAGCAGGAGUACAAGAAGCAGAUGCUGACUGCUGCUCACGCUCUGGCUGUGGACGCCAAAAACUUACUCGACGUCAUUGACCAAGCAAGACUGAAAAUGCUGGGGCAGGCAAGACCGCACUGAGCCCCCCGAGGAGCACGUCUUUCCCCUCCUUUCAGGAUGUUCUCCAGCCUUCCACCAGCAGCGAGGAGUUAACCCUGGGUCCUCAGUCGCCAGCACUUACAGCUCCAACUUUUUCAAAUGACAUCUGGUUGAAAAUCUUCUCCCUCAUAUAUAAAUCUAACCACAUUUUGAUUUGGGUUUGUUUUUUGUUUUGUUAUAAUCAUGAUAUUCAGAAAUGUCUGGGAUCCAAAAUACGGCAUUUUUCUGAGAAUCAAAAUUGUACAUAAGAAGCUUUUAAGAAUCAUGGAGAACAUUUAUGUUCACAUUAGGAUGUGUUCUAAUGGGGACGGCUGGGGUGACAUGCUGGUUCCUGAAUUCGCUUAGCUGCGUGGUGGAUAAGGAGGGCAGGAGUGAAGAAUUCUGGGAAACCCAAGAGGCUGAGAGUUCUUUUGCCUACCAUAGAAUUACUAUCCAGACUGGAACUUUUGUUAUUAGAACACCCUUCAGUUGCAAUAUGCUAAUUCCACUUUACAAAGAAAGAAUAUAAAAGCUAUAUUUUGAAGACUUGAGUCAUUUCAGAAAAAAACUGCAACCCUUUCUGUCUUUCCUGCCUUGUACUUUCAUGUGGACAUGUGAAGCAUUCGGUUGGGAACUAGCUGUAGAACACAACUAAAAACUCUUGUCUUUUUUCACCAGAAUAAUGUGCCAGUUUUUUGUAGCAAUGUUAUUUCUCUUGGAAGCAGAAAUGCUUUGUACCAGCGCACCUCCAAACUGCAUUGAGAAGAAGUUCCAGAACCAUCCCUGUUCCCCAUUUUUAUAUAAUUUAUAAAGAAAGAUUAAAGCCAUGUUGACUAUUUUACAGCCACUGGAGUUAACUAACCCUUCAUUGUGUCUGUCUUCCCACGAAAGACUUAAGCAAAACAGAGGGAUUUGGUUUUCUUUUGACAUCCAGUUACACCAUCCAUUCUGUUAAAUAAUUUUGAAAAAUACACCCUCCCUUUAGUUUGUUGGGGGAUAUAAAUUAUUCUCAGGAAGAAUAUAAUGAACUGUACAGUUACUUUGACCUAUUAAAAAGGUGUUACCAGUAAA